AUGCAAAGUCAACAGAAAUUUGUGCUGCUCUAUGUUCUGACAUGUCUGGGACAACUGGCACAUGGAAGUAACAUCAUACAGGGUGAAAAAGUCCCAAAGAACUCUAUGCUGUAUAUGGCCUCAGUGCAGAACAAUGAUGGUCAUGUAUGUGGAGGAUUUCUUGUCACUGAGGACUUUGUGGUAACUGCUGCUCACUGUGAUGCUCUGAACAUCACACACGUCGUUAUUGGCACCCACAAUCUCAAGAAGAGCUAUAAUAAAACAAUAAAAGUAGUAAAGAAAUUCAAGCCCAACUCUUUUAAUAAUGUUUGGCAGGGUGAUGACAUCAUGCUCCUUCAACUAUCUAGGAAAGCUCAACUAGGCUGCAAUGUACAAAUAAUUCAGCUCCCAUGUGCUGAAACAAACCUGCAAGAAAAUGAAAUCUGCCAGGUGGCUGGUUGGGGGAAAACUAGAACUGGUGGUGAACCUGUUGAUCAGCUGAGAAAGGUGAAUGUGUCUGUCAUUAACCCUCAAGUCUGUCGGGAACAAUGGCCUGGUCUUCCUGCCAAUGUUAUCUGUGCAGGUGGAUAUGGCACAAACAAAGGAUUUUGUCAGGGUGAUUCUGGUGGUCCUCUGGUGUGCAGCGGGUUAGCUGUCGGUAUUGUUUCUUUCAACAAAUAUCGGAACUGUAACUACCCAGAUGUACCCAAUGUCUAUACGGACAUUUCAAAAUACCUUCACUGGAUAAAUGAAAUUCUGACAACCACAAAUCUUUCUUAA